GCGGCUUCUCAUUGGCUGCCGGCGGACACUCGGAGCAGGUAGCUCUCCUCGGUGCUGAAAUCGCUGCUCGUCGUGAUAAUGUAAACGGCGAUGAGGCCAAACGGAGCGUCAGACAGUAAACACCAAAAUGGACGAUGAUCAGUUCCAACUGAGACAGCUGCCUGUUGUCCGAUUCCGUCGCACAGGUGAGAGCAUACCCUCUGAGGAUGAUGGCGAGAAUAGAGAACAGGAUGUCAGGAUUGCAGAGCAGAUUGAUCUGGAGUCCGUGGCCCUUGCAGACGGAGCUCCCGUUCCCCGGGAGUUUGCCAAUCCAACUGAUGAUACAUUCAUGGUAGAAGAUGCUGUUGAGGCCAUCGGCUUUGGGACAUUUCAAUGGAAACUCUCCAUCCUCACUGGUCUGUCCUGGAUGGCUGAUGCUAUGGAGAUGAUGAUUCUCAGCAUCUUAGCCCCACAGCUCCACUGUGAGUGGAGGCUGCCCACCCUCGAGGUGGCACUGCUUACAUCGGCAGUGUUUAUUGGGAUGAUGAUCAGCUCUUCUCUUUGGGGAAACAUAUCUGACAGAUUCGGCAGAAAGACAGGUCUCAAGAUGAGUGUGCUGUGGACCAUGUUCUAUGGCGUUAUGAGUGCAUUUGCACCUAUUUAUGGGUGGAUCCUCAUCCUCCGUGCACUGGUGGGCUUUGGCAUCGGAGGAGCCCCACAGUCGGUGACACUGUAUGCUGAGUUUCUGCCUAUGAAGUCCAGAGCCACAUGCAUCUUGCUGAUUGAGAUAUUUUGGGCACUGGGCACUGUGUUCGAGGUCCUCCUAGCGAUCCUGGUGAUGCCCACUCUGGGCUGGCGCUGGCUGCUUGGCCUUUCCACCAUUCCUCUAUUCAUCUUCUCCAUCCUGUGUUUUUGGCUACCAGAGAGUGCUCGAUACGACGUGCUGACAGGGAAUCAGGAAAAAGCUUUGGCCACACUGAAGCGCAUCGCUACAGAGAACGGAGCACCAAUGCCACUGGGAAAACUUAUAGCGGCCAGACAGGAGGACCGUGGAAAGAUUCAAGACUUAUUUUCAUCACACUUUCGCUGGACCACAGUUCUGCUGUGGUUUAUUUGGUUCGCAAAUGCCUUCUCUUACUACGGGCUGGUGUUGCUCACUACAGAGCUGUUUCAGGAGGGAGGUGCAUGUGGAAUGUCCAAAGGUAAAAAGAGGGAGCUCCGAUGCAACUUGGAGUGUAAAUAUCUGAACUCUGACGACUACAAAGACCUGUUGUGGACCACCUUGUCUGAAUUCCCAGGACUGCUGGUGCCACUGUGGGCUAUUGAUCGAUUGGGAAGGAAGAAGACCAUGGCGUUGUGUUUCUUCGUCUUCUCUAUGUGCAUUAUUCCACUCUAUGGCUGUGUUGGGAGAGUUUCCAUGACAGUGUUGAUAUUCAUCGCCAGAGCUUUCAUCGCAGGAGGAUUCCAGACAGCUUAUGUUUACACUCCAGAGGUGUACCCAACAGCGACCAGGGCUUUAGGUCUGGGAACGAGCAGUGGAAUGGCCAGAGUCGGUGCCCUCAUUACACCUUUUGUUGCACAGGUGAUGUUGGAGUCAUCUGUGUACCUGGCUCUGUCCGUGUACUGCUGCUGUUGCCUCCUAGCUGCUGUAGCGUCCUGUGCACUGCCAAUUGAGACAACAGGCCGGGGCCUGCAGGAGUCCAGCCACCGCGAGUGGGGCCAGGAGAUGGUGGGCCGCGCCUCCUCCCAAAGCUCAGGGGGAAACGCACCCUCCAGCUCCGGCUCCCAAGGCUGAGGAAGACACAUUGGCUGGAGUAAAACUGAGAGAGGGGACCACAGUGAGGAAAAGAGGCAAGGAGAGGCAAAAAAGCUGGACCAGCUUUCGGUGUCCAUCUCCAGUCCCAUCCUAAGACUCUUCAGUUUAUGCACCACAGUGGCUUCAGAGAGCCAGGCAGCACAAUAUUAUAUUAUAUAGUCUUCAACCACCAUUGCUGUCCCAAUUUUGCCACUGAAUAACUGCACACAGGGCGACAGGAAAGACCAAAUGACCUACACGGGGGUUAAGAUUGAGAAAAUAAAUGGUGGACGACGUGUGAAACAUUCUUGGACAAGUUAGAAUUUAACUACUUCAAGCAAAGUAUUUGAAUGCUGCUUGUCUAAUGCAAGAGAAGCAAAAGAGACUAAAGAGAGUAGUAAGUGUUAGCUUAAAAUAACCAUCUUCUUUUCAAAGAGCCUUAAAACUACCUAUUCUAUUUGUGCUUCGGAGACCUUCUCUUAACUUAAAAAAGGCUUUAACAAGCUGCGUCAAUUUCAUACUGGACAAAGAUGUAUAGAUAAGAAAGAGCAUCAUCUUGUGCACACAAAAUGUAAGUUAAAAUACACAAGCUUUGUAAAAAUUGAGGAACAGUUCCACAUUGUCAAAUUAACAAACCACUGGAUUAAAAAAGGUCUGGGGUUACUUCAUUUAAGAUCCACUUCUGUCAAGGUAGUGAAAGGACAUACUGCACAGUAAGCCACUGGGUUAAAUAUGUUCAUUUUUCUUGUGACAGUCGUAUUUCACAUUUCAACAUGGAUAUUUGUCUGCUAAAGAAUGUUAAGGCCAUUUAAUUUAUAACCACCUGACAAAUCUGCCGAAGCCUUCAUCAGAUCAUAAUAACAUCAGUGACAUCAUACAGUUCACAAUAUGUCAUAAUUAUACUGUAGCGCAACUGGAACAAGUCCACAGAUCCUGGGCUGCAUUUGAAGACAACAUUAUGUAAGUUAAUGCUGAAGUAUUAGUAAAAAUCUAAAUCUGAGUCUUUUCAUCACCCAAAGCAGACUCAACCUAGUUAGUAAGAGUUACAUGAUUUAAAAAAUGACAUUAACACGAGUAUAUGGUGUUACGAUCUAUAAAUGCUGCGUCUCUGGCUCUACUCUACCAGACUUUGAGGCUGCGCACACAUAGACCUACACAUGUAUGUACACAACCAUUUAGCAGGAUGGUACAUUCUGUCUUUCUGUAAAUAAUGUAUUAAUACCUGGUUUAGUUGUUGUCUUUGACUUUUGUUUGUAACAAAGGUGAUGUGAAGACAGACUUUGCCCAGUCUGAGUGACACACUCAGCAAAGUUUUGUUGAAAAAAAAAAGAGAUUAACUAGUACAGGUCCAGCAAGCCAAAUCUCUACCUGUCAGUGUUUGAGAUAUAGUGCUGCAUUAAGUGUCAGUGUGCACAUAUUCUUGUCAAUG